AUGAAGAUCGCUGCGGAAAAGAGGAGCACGACCGCCACAAGGAGCUGCCGUCACCUGGCACCUGGAAUCCUCCAGAAGCUUCUAGAAGGCCCGAAAACAGGCGAAAAGCCGACGAGUGAACACCGUAGCUCCCUCCUACAAAUAACCGACAUAGUCCCUGCGGAGCUUGACGAGAAGAGCCUCUUCCCCAAACACGGCUUCUACAUCAAGCUGUCCGAUUCCUCGCACUCCAUCUACGAUGCACUCCCUUCUGACCAACACGACUUCGUUUUGAGCAACAAGAUGCAGCUCGGCCAGUUUAUCUACGUUGACAGGCUGGAACCCCGUUCACCCCAUCGUCCGCUUCCUGGAAGACACCCUCUUGUUGACACUCUUGAGCCUUUGAUGGGAUUAAGAGAGAGGGGUUCACACAGAAAGAAAAAUUCCGCUUCUGUCCCUAGACGAGGUUUUUGGAAAACUGUGUUCUCUCCCAUGGUUGUUAAGCCUAUGAACUUGGAUUUUGACCAGUGUACUCCUGUUAAGGGAUCUGUGUUUAGGAGUGUCAGUUCUUUUAUCUCGCCGUUGGUUAGAGUUGGGACUGGUGGUGGUGGUGGUGGAUACGGAGACGGGACCGUCAUGAAGGUGAAUACAAUAGAAAUGGUGGUGGCGCCGUGGUGGUAG